GUGGCGGCGCGUGCAAGGGUGGAGCUGGUGGAUCUAGAGGGCGUCACACACAUGCUGGACGUGCCGGAGGACGCCACCAUCCUGGAGGUUGCCAUUGACCAGGGGCUGGACAUGCCGUAUGACUGCAAGAUGGGCGUCUGCCUCCGCUGCUCCGCGAAGAUCGAGUCUGGGGAGGUGACGCAGCCGGGCGGCAUGAUCAGCGAGGAAUGCAUGGAGCAGGGAUACGCGCUCAUGUGCGUGUGCUACCCGCAGACCGACUGCUCUGUGCGGGUCAUCCCAGAG